AUGCAGUUUAUCACCGUUAUCAUCGCUACCCUGGCUGCUGUUGCCACUGCUACUCCCUCCCCUGAUGCCUUCGAGAAGCGCACCUGUGUCGGCAAUUACAAGGUCGCCUGCCAUAGCAGUGGCCCUUCUUGCUGUGACGGUUGGCAAUGUGUUGGCGCCACUGAGUGGAAUGCCGGUGUUUGCAUUCCAAACUACUAG